AUGCACGCGGGCAGCUCGCUGGCCGGCAGCGCGCAGUCGCGGCAGUUCGCUACGCGAGGCGCAUUCUCGAGCGAGUGCCUGGAGCCCUGGAUGGUGUGCGACGUGUGCUCCUCGCGCUUCGCGCCCCUGCCGCACCACCACGUGUCGGGCAACAUCUGGCUGGCCAGGUGCGACUACGUGAGCAAGCUGCUGCCGCCCAGUGAGUUCAGUGCUCGCAUGGACGCGGUCGUGCGGGAAGCCGCGCAGUCGCCGAACUCGGGCAGCAAGGACGAGGAUAGCAGGGGAGGCCGGUACUCGAUGGACCACUGGCUGCUGUCGCACCCCAGCGUGGUGCCGUGCGACGUGUACGCGGCGCCGCAGCCGGGCAGAAGCGGCGACGGCACGGCCGCGCGAGCCGGGGCACUCCCGCACCGGACUCGCCGGCUCCCAGCGGCCCAGCGGGGAAGCCACGUCGGCGCCUGGACGUCGGCGGACGCCGCCGCUGCCCGGUGGACGCCGGAGCUGUCCUUGCCGCCGCGGCGCCCCAGCACGGCGGCUCCGGCGCGGGAGCUCUGGCAGUGGCGCGUGUUCGAGUGGAGGCCCGGCCGAGGAGCAGAGGACAAGCGUGCCGCGGUCGCGAUGGCCUCCAGCGCGGCACUGCUCGCCGAGUUCGUGGGUACCUUCAUCCUGGUCUUCACCGUCGGCUGCAAUGUGGUGACAGCGGUCGACACGUGGGCCGGAGUGUCGAUCGCCUGCGCCUUGAUGGUUGCCAUCUAUACCCGCCGAGAUGCCCUGGCCCCGAUCUCCGGCGCCAACUUCAACCCCGCGGUCUCCGUCGCGCUCGGCAUCUCGAGGAAGCUGGAGUGGAAGGACGUCGGCCUCUACACGGUGACGCAGGUGCUCGCCGGUGCGUGCGCGGGCUUGAGCUACCGCGGCCUGCUCGGGGCCGGCUUCGCCCUCGAGCCGACCGCGGGCUUCGGGUUCUGGCAGGCGGGUCUCUGUGAGCUCCUGUACACUUUCAUGCUUUGCUUCGUGGUCUUGAACACCGCCUGCUCUACGGCGAACGCUGGCAAUCACCAGUUCUACGGCCUUUCGAUCGGCUUCGUGAUCGUCGCGGGCGCCUACGGGGCCGGCGUCGUCUCCGGGGGCUGCUUCAACCCCGCGGUCGCGCUCGGUAUCGAGGCGGGCAGCUUGAGCUUCGGGUACUCCCCGGUGUACAUUGCGUUCGAGCUCACAGGUGCCGCGUUGGCCUCCGCACUCUACGUAGUGGUUCGGCCGGAUGAGUUCGAGCUGGGGCAGCCCGCUGGGAGGACCGCGAAGGUGACUUCUGAAUUCCUCGGGACCUACUUUCUUGUGCUGACGGUUGGCCUGAAUGUCCUUGGCGAUGGAGAGGUCUUCUCCAUCGCCGCAUCGCUCAUGUGCAUGAUCUUUGCGCUGGGCGACGUCUCGGGGGCCCACUUCAACCCAGCGGUGACCGCGGCUGUGUGGGCUAUAGGGAAGGUCGACACGAUCGAGGCCGGCAUCUACGUGUGCUUCCAGAUGCUCGGCGCGAUCUUGGCAACGGCCACCUACACCGUCAUCUACGCGGGGGCCUCGACGACCCUCGCCCCGGCCGACGGCUACGGGCUGGGCGCGGCGGCGGUGGCCGAGAUCUUCUUCACUUUCGUCCUCUGCUUCGUCGUGCUGAGCGUCGCCUGCUCUCCCAGCGCGCAGAAGGGCGGUUACUCGGAGGUCUUCGGGCUCGCCAUCGGCUCCUGCGUCACGGUGGGCGGCUACGCGAUCGGCGGCAUCUCGGGUGGCAGCCUGAACCCAGCGGUGUCCUUCGGAGUCGCGUCGGGCGGCGCGAUGGGCGGGGAGGGUACCUUCAGCGACGUGUACACUUACGGUCUGUACUACGCCCUCUUCGAAGUGGUCGGCGGGAUCCUCGCGGCGGGCUUGUACCUAUCGACGCACAAUGCGGCCAGCAUGGUGGCGAAGUGA